AUGAUGUGGCAAGCAAACAUCCUCAAUCAACAAGAUGGUUUCUCUCGUUCAAAAUGAAGCCCCCAUGUGGUCAGCUGGUUUGUUGAUCACCACACAAACAAAAACAUCAAAAUUCAUCAUGAAACUCCCUCUAUACAUCAGCCUCUUCUUCUUCGUCUACAUCCGGCACCAAUUCAACAAAAAAAAACCAGAAAUUCACCAACAAUGGCAACCACCUCUGUAAAUCAUAUGCUCCACCCUCUUCUUCAUCAUCCUAAACUUCCUUCUGUUUUGAAGUACCCGAAGCUUCGAUCUUCCUUUCGAUACCGGUAUUCAAGAGUUCGACCUGCUUCUGCUCUUGUUGCGACCGAAUCGGAGACAAUCACUGAGCCCAAAGAUUCAGCUGACUUGUUUGCAUGUCCUGUUUGUUUUGAACCACUUAUAAGAAAAGGCCCUCCUGGCUUCAAUUUGCCGGCAAUCUAUCGUUCAGGUUUCAAGUGUGUAAAGUGUAACAAAUCAUAUUCAAGUAAAAACAUGUAUCUCGAUCUUACACUAAUUGCUGGUGCAAAAGAAUACGUUGAAGCUCAACCUUCUCGGACUGAGUUAUUUCGGAGCCCGCUUGUUUCAUUUUUGUAUGAACGUGGAUGGCGUCAAAAUUUCAACCUUACUGGUUUUCCUGGUCCCGAUGAGGAGUUCAAGAUGGCUCAAGAGUACUUCAAGCCGGCAGAAGGUGGAAUUUUAGUAGAUGUUAGUUGUGGAAGCGGUUUGUUUUCCCGCAAGUUUGCAAAAUCUGGGACCUACUCAAAAGUCAUAGCUCUUGAUUUUUCUGAAAAUAUGCUCCGUCAAACUUAUGAUUUUAUAAAAGCCGACGAUACAAUUUUAAGCUCCAAUCUUGCACUUGUAAGGGCAGACGUUUCCAGGCUUCCAUUCCCAUCGGGUUCAAUCGAUGCAGUUCAUGCUGGUGCAGCUUUGCAUUGUUGGCCAUCUCCUUCUAAUGCAAUUGCAGAAAUUAAUCGUGUAUUGCGAAGUGGUGGUGUGUUUGUUGGUACAACAUUUCUGCGAUUGACUUCAUCAACUCCUGCUAUACUAAGGCCAUUUGAUCGGGGGACUGCUGGGACUUAUAACAACCUAACAGAAGAAGAGAUUGAAGACUUGGUCAAAUCAUGUGGUUUCACAAAUUACACAUCCAAAGUUCAGCAAGCUUUCAUCAUGUUUUCUGCACAAAAGCCUUGAAUAAUACUGAUUCAUUGCAAUUAAUACUGAUUCUACAAAGAAAAACUGAGAAGGUGAAUAUGUAUUUCUAAUUUUUGACAAUUUUUUUAAAACUGCAUUUGUUAAAUUCUUUUUUUUUUUAAUGAGAAACACGUAUCUUGCAAAACAAUCUGUAAGGAGUUUCCGCAAUGAUUUAUGGUGGCUUGAGUGGA